GCCACCUGUCAGUGUCCAUCAGUGCCUUAUAAAAGUGCUCAUCAGUGCCUCGUGCCAGUGCCCAUCAGUGCCAUAUUUCAGUGCCGACCAGUGCACAUCAAUGCCACAUAUCAGUGCCCAUCUGAGCUGCCUUUCAGUGUCACCCAUCAGUGCCAGCCAGUGCCACCUAUCAAUGCCUAUCAGUGCCGCCUAACAGUGCCAUGCCCAUCAGUGCCACCUAUCAGUGUCCAUCAGUGCAGCCUAUCAGUGCCCAUCACUGCAGCCUCAUUAGCGCACAUCAGUGAAGGAGAAAAAUCACUUAUUUACAAAAUUGUAUAA